UUCCCUCGCGGUGGCGGGGCGUCGGUCGUCGCCGUGGCAUCUGCUCCUGCUCUGGGCGCCUCGCCGCGUCCUCGGAGCGCGUGUCCUUCCCUGUUUCCGUAGUGAGGCGCUUGACGCCGCCGUGCGUGGAUGUCACGCAAUAGUGUCCCGCGAGACCCCGAGGGCCGCGCGCGCGUCCGCGGCGACGCUGCAGAACCGUCUGCGGCCCCGGCGGGAGCCCAGCAUCCUUCGGGGUGCUGAGCUGCCGCCGCCUGCGACUGCCAGGCUGUCGGGGGGUCACACGUGGGCAUGAUCAGACCGCCCGCCGGGCCCUUAGUUCCCGAUCGAUUGCUACCUAUCGAGUGUCUAUGUAAAAAUAAUGUGGGUGAGCGGAUGGUGAAACUAUGACCGCCCUUUGUCCUUUAAAAACGAAAAUCUAAGUUCAUUUCAAGGCAUUCGAAAUGGGGAAAGACUAUUAUUCAAUUUUGGGAAUUGAAAAAGGAGCUACAGAUGAAGAUAUUAAAAAGGCUUACCGAAAACAAGCCCUCAAAUUUCAUCCGGACAAGAACAAAUCCCCUCAAGCAGAGGAGAAAUUUAAAGAGGUCGCAGAAGCUUAUGAAGUAUUGAGUGAUCCUAAAAAGAGAGAGAUAUAUGAUCAGUUUGGAGAAGAAGGGUUGAAAGGAGGAGCAGGAGGUACUGAUGGACAAGGAGGUACCUUCAGGUACACCUUUCAUGGGGAUCCUCAUGCCACAUUUGCAGCCUUUUUUGGAGGCUCCAACCCCUUUGAAAUUUUCUUUGGAAGACGGAUGGGUGGAGGUCGGGAUUCUGAAGAUAUGGAGAUAGACGGAGACCCCUUUAGUGCCUUUGGAUUCAGCAUGAAUGGAUAUCCAAGAGACAGGAAUUCUGUGGGACCCUCCCGUCUCAAGCAAGACCCUCCUGUUAUUCAUGAACUUAGAGUAUCUCUUGAAGAAAUAUAUAGUGGCUGCACCAAACGGAUGAAGAUCUCUCGAAAAAGAUUAAACCCUGAUGGAAGGAGUUACAGAUCUGAGGACAAAAUUCUCACCAUCGAGAUUAAAAAAGGGUGGAAAGAAGGCACCAAAAUUACUUUUCCGAGGGAAGGUGACGAAACACCAAACAGUAUCCCAGCAGACAUUGUUUUUAUUAUUAAAGAUAAAGAACAUCCCAAGUUUAAAAGAGAUGGAUCAAAUAUAGUUUAUACCGCUAAAAUCAGUUUACGGGAGGCACUGUGUGGUUGCUCAAUUAAUGUGCCAACAAUGGAUGGAAGAAACAUACCUAUGUCAAUCAGUGAUAUUGUGAAACCUGGGAUGAGGAGAAGAAUUAUUGGAUAUGGGCUGCCGUUUCCAAAAAACCCCGACCAACGUGGUGACCUGUUAAUAGAGUUUGAUGUGUCCUUCCCAGAUGUCAUAUCGUCAUCAUCCAAAGAGAUCCUUAGGAAGCAUCUCCCUGCCUCAUAGAAUGAGAAGAACCUUGCUACCCAUAUUUUGAUAAGACACUGAAAAUAUAAAAUGAAUGGCAAUGGACUGAUGUGCAUUCUCUGUAGAGCUGUGUAAACGCCUCUGAGGGUUCAUUAAAGUGCAUGGAUAGAGACGGGUCAAAUAGGCAAAGUGGAUUUUUACAGCAGAGCUGAAGAAAAAAAUCACUCACUGUAUUGUAUUUCAUUUCUCCCAAAUCAGAAACUUUUAGUAUUUCAUUUAUAAGUAAAAGUUGGUUUUGUGGUCAGUCGAUAUACCUCUAGUAAAGUCCUAGAUCGCCCGAGUACUUUACUGUGUGUGUCUUUAAAUGAUCAAUGUGAUAGACUUCCUUAGUAGAAAUUAAAAUUCUUACCUGUACAUGUAAUAUGUGGGGGAGAAUAAAAGACAAGGUCACGUGGAAGUGUGACCCAGGCCACCUUCAGAAAUGCUCCUUUGGGCUGGUACCAGUAGACGAAAGUACUGACGCGUGCGGUUCUCCACUGUGACCUCACGCGCGUGUGCUGUCGCAUUUCUUGAGUAUGGUUGCAGUGCUCUUAGAGCCGCCUCUUCAUGAAAGAAAAGAAAACAGUUUAUCUCCUGUGGAAACCCCAAUAACCCGAGUUACUGAUAUUUUAGCAACUGACCAUUGUUAAAUGGCCACCUGUACUUUUAUGCAACUUUGACUAUAUAUCUUGAACUGAAUACAAUAAGCUCAUUUUGUUUAUUAGUUUAUGAUAAUUUGUUUAAUAACAUUUGUUUUUAGAGAAAAUACUGCUACCUAUCAUUAACUUUCCAUCUAUAGUCUUCUAUCCUCAUAAUAUGCUAUAUGUACCUUACAUAAUCUCCCUAAGAACAGUGAGCUACCACUAUGUGUUAAACCAAAUAUGGACAGACUAGACACUACUGCUGCUCAUGGGUCCUGUUGCUUCUAGUCGUUAUGCAUAUAAAUAUCUUACUUUUUCAUGUAUAUAGAUUGUGUUUCUUAGGUGUUUUAAUUUUUUAAAUAUAUUUACAUUUAAAAAUUAUUCUGCCUUCUGUUUUAUGUCUAUCAAAAGUAAUGUUAUGAGAUAGUUUUUUUGUAAAACAACGUUAGGAAUGAUACAUAUUCAUACAUAUGUGUUUAUGUAUGAAUAUUCAUUUAUAAAUAUAUAUUAAUGUUGGGCCCUAUAAAAUUAGUAGAAUGUAAAUUGAUUUAGAAAUUCUUUGUAAGUAAUAAUAAGCAUAUAGCUUGAGGUUUUAUUGAAACAAUUCUCGUAAGAUAGCAUUUAUACUAAUCCCCCUCCCUCCCUCUUCUUCUUUUUUUUUUUUUUUUUUUUUUUUUUGGUGUUGAUGACUAGAUUGGGAGCCUCCUGCACACAAAGUGCCUCUGACCUUAGAACUAUGCCCCAGCUUCCUCAUGCCCUUUUCUAGUGUAUGUUAAUGGAUUUAGUACAUUUAUGUCUCUUUCCCAUGAGAAGCCCAUGUCACUCCCCGUUCUUCCCUUUUAGCUCUUGAAGCACCCAUCUGCUUUUUGUGAUAGAUUUUUUUUUUGUCCUAAGUAUGUCAUAUAAACAGAAUCAAUCAACA